AUGAAGCUCGUCCAGAAACUAUCGGGCUAUCCCCGCCUACUUCUGGCCGGCAAUCCCUCCAAGGUUGAUCUAUGUCGACUCCUGUUGGGUAUUGUCAGCGCAGCCGCCUCUGGUGUCCCGUUCCCCUUGAUUGGGAUUCUGUUCGGUCAGCUCCUCGACGACUUUAAUGCAGUGACCUGCGGCGAGUCAGAAUCGUCAGACUCCGACUCCGACUAUCAACAUGACAUCAACGGCAAGAUUCUGAUCAUCGUGUAUCUGGCUAUCGCUCAGUUUGUUCUGAUCUACGUUCACCUCUCAUGCUGGAGUCUGAACGGCGCUCGACUGGCGCAACGCCUGCGGGAAACCUAUCUGCAAAACCUCCUCCGACAAGAACCAUCGUACUUUGAUAAACUGCCCCCCGGUGAGAUCGCAUCGCGGCUUAAUGGCGACAUACAGGCAAUUCGGUCCGGCACAUCGGAGAAAGUGGGAAUAUGUUUAUCAAGUCUGUCCUUUUUUAUCACCGCAUACAUCGUGGCCUUCAUCAAAGAUACCAAGCUGGCCGGAAUGCUCGUCUCGUUAAUCCCGGCGUACUUCCUGAUGUCGUUCGUCGGAAGCCAUUAUAUUGAGAAAUACACCGGGCGCGUGUCGGAUUACGCUGCGAGUGCCGCGUCCAUCGCUUCCGAGGCACUUUCCAACACCGUCGUGGUGCAGGCCUUUAGUGCCAAUGCGCGGCUGGAGGACAAAUUCGCCAAGGCACUCAAGGCUGCGGAGACUGAAGGAUUGAAGAAGGUGACGGCGGUUGGCAUACAGUCCGGAGUGUUAUAUUUUAUUGCAUAUUCCGCCAAUGGUCUGGCGUUCUGGCAAGGGAGCAGACGGAUUGCCGAGUCAGUGAGUGAUGACUCUCACGGUGCCACGGUGGGUGCUACCUUUACUGUGAUUUUCAUUCUUGUUGAAGCCACCUUGCUCCUGAGUCAAGUCGCACCCUUCCUGCACCUGUUCGUCGCAGCCGUCGCCUCGUUCCAGAAGCUGCGUGAAGAUAUCGACCGCGAGCCGGUGAUUGACAGUACGAGCGAUUCCGGUCUUCGCCUUAGCCAGGCUGAGGGCGGGUUUGAGUUCAAGGAUGUUUCCUUCACCUAUCCCUCGCGCCCCGAGAUCAUCGUUCUCGACAACAUCAGUCUCAGCAUCCCGGCCAACAAGCAUACCGCUAUUGUCGGUCUAUCGGGUAGUGGCAAGUCGACCAUUGCGGGUUUGGUCACAAGACUCUACGAUCCCACAAAAGGUCAGAUUCUUUUCGACGGCCAGGACCUGCGUGAUGUCAAUACUCGUGACUUGAGGGGCUUUCUGAGCCUGGUUCAGCAGGAGCCCUCUCUCCUUGACCGAUCACUUCUUGAAAACAUUGCUCAUGGGUUGAUCAACUCGAGCAAUCCAAAUCAUGCACACUUGAAGACGACCCUGUUGAGUACCGACCUGGCCGAGCUCGCCAGUGAACUCAGGGACGGCAAGGAUUUGACCGCUGCAGCAGAGGCGCGGGGUCCAGGCGUCGUUGAAAUCGUUGGUUUGGUCAAAAAGGCUGCGUCGCUUGCGGAUGCGGACGCCUUCAUCAGUGCGCUGCAACAUGGGUACGGUACAGUUGUGGGCUCCAGUGGCCGGUUGAUUAGCGGUGGCCAGAAACAGCGAAUUGCGCUUGCCAGAGCUCUGGUCAAGGACCCUGCAGUGCUCAUACUAGAUGAAGCUACGGCGUCUCUGGAUUCACGAAGCGAACAGCGCAUCCAGCGGGCCAUCUCCAACAUUGCCACCGGCAGGACUAUAAUCACGAUUGCCCAUCGGUUAUCGACAAUCACCAGCGCGGACAACAUCAUCGUCAUGCACAAGGGUCAUAUCGUGGAAGAAGGCAAUCACGCGACACUCAUGGCUAAGAAUGGUGCCUACGCUGAUCUCGUCAAAUUGCAGACUCUAUCUGCGACAGGGAAGCAUGAAACCACAGUCAACAUCGAGAACGUCAGCAGAUCUGAUCAGGCGUCUUCAAGCGAGGCUGAUAUUGAGAAGAGCACUCUUUUCCUCGACGACUUUGGUGGUGCCGAGAAAACUCCAGUCUCAACGACCGAAAGGCCAGUUGCCGACUCCCCAGAGGAACCAGAAGAGCCUGAGACUCCCAAAAAGUCCCUCUGGGCGCUUGCCAAAGGAUACGCGCCAGCAUUACGACCUCAUCUGCUUUUCAUUUUUCUUGCACUUCUUGGUUCGAGUGUUGUUGGCGGCGCCUUUUCUGGAGAGGCUGUGAUCUUCGGAAACACCGUUGGCAGUCUGAAUCCCUGCCACAGCGCAGAGAGCAUCCGGUCAAGAGGAAACUUCUUUGGCUUGAUGUUCUUCAUCCUCGCUAUCAUUGAAUUCUUCGCCAACGUGGUCAGCUGGUCUGGCUUUGGCUGGGUCUCCGAGAAGAUUGUCUACGCGGUUCGCGUCUUGUCGUUCCGGUCACUCUUCGAGCAGGACCUGCAAUGGCAUCAGUCCGAGGGCCGGACGCCAGCUUUGCUUCUGUCCUAUAUCACCAGAGAUGGCAAUGCCCUGGCUGGCUUGAGCGGCUCGGUCAUCGGCACUCUGUUCUCGAUCACUGUCAACCUCAUCGCGGCGAUUAUUCUGACCCACAUUAUCGCCUGGAGGAUCGCAUUGGUCUGCCUGGCGCUGGUCCCACUGCUGCUUGGAGCUGGGCUGAUGGAGCUACAUGUGCUCGGCAAAUUCGAGGAGCGUCACGAGAACGCAUACACAAAGUCUGUCGAUAUCGGCGUCGAGGCCAUCACAUCCAUCAAGACCAUCGCAUCCCUGUCUCUCGAAGAAGAGACUCUCCAAACCUACCGGCGAUCGCUGAAGGGACCCCGCAAAGAGACAUUCAAGGUCACCGUGCACGCAAGUCUCUGGCAGGCAAUGACCUACUUCCUCGGCAACCUGGUGAACGCGCUGGCAUACUGGUGGGGUGCCAAACAGAUCAUCGCAGGCAACUACACCCAGACGCAGUUCCUGAUCGUGGUCUUCUCCCUGCUGGUCAGUGCUCUGCUCUGGAGUCAAAUGUUCGCCCUCGCGCCGGAGCUCUCCAGCGCCCGCGCCGCAAUGGCCCGAAUCCUCAGUCUCAUCGAGAUCGGCUCGGACAAGAUGCAGGGACACGUCCGCAGCCCUACGACGACGGCCUCGAACGACCCCGAGGCAACAGCCGAGCCCAAGCCCAUCGCAUCAAACAGCCAAGCCUCAAGCGUGCAGCUCCGCGACGUGCACUUCGCAUACCCCGCGCGACCCGAUAUCAGAGUCCUCAACGGCCUCAACAUCGAUAUCCGGCCAGGCCAGUUCUGCGCACUGGUGGGACCCAGCGGCGCGGGAAAAUCCACCAUCAUCUCCCUCGUCGAACGGCUCUACACCCCCGAGUCCGGCGCCAUCGUCGUCGACGGCGUCGACAUCACCAAGCACCGGGACGUCUCCUUCCGCGACACCAUGGCGCUGGUCCCACAGGAGAGCGUGCUCUUCGAGGGCAGCAUCGAGUUCAACAUCGGCCUCGGCGCGCGACCCGACCACGAAGCGACCAUGGACGAAAUCGUUGAGGCGUGCAAGCUGGCCAACAUCCACGACGUGAUCCAGGCCUUGCCGGAGGGGUACCAGACGCUCUGCGGACCCAACGGGAGCCAGUUCUCCGGUGGCCAGAAGCAGCGGCUGUCCAUUGCCCGGGCGCUGGUUCGCAAACCCAAGCUGUUGAUCCUGGAUGAGUCGACGAGUGCUUUGGAUGCGGAGUCGGAGAAGCUGCUGCAGGAUGGGUUGGAGAAGGCCGCGAAGGGGAUCACGGUCAUUGCGAUUGCGCAUCGGUUGCAUACGAUUCGCAAGGCGGAUGUGAUCUUCUUGAUUGAGGCGGGUCGGUGCGUGGAUCGGGGGACGCAUGAGGAACUGCUGCAGAGGUCGGAGAGUUAUAGGGCGAAUGUCAUGCAUCAGACUGUGGCGGAGUAA